AGGUAUCAGUGGCUUUAAUAAGUCUGUUGGAAACUACACUACUGAGCUAUCUCAGUUACAAAGUAUCACCUAUGAUGAAUUAUGGUUUUACUACGGGGAAAAAUCAUUGCUGGCUGUUAGUGCUGCAUUUUAUUUUACCUUGAUUUUUAAAAGGGAAACAUAUGGGAACAAGUGGUACGCAUUCCUUUUCUGCUGGAAAUCAUCAAUGCUAUUCCUUUCAUCAUUACGAUUUUCUGUCCUUCAUUGAAGAAUUUAUUUAUCCCAGUGUUUUUAAAUUGUUGGCUUGCUAAACAUGCUUUGGAGAAUAUGAUUAAUGAUCUUCAUAGAGCCAUCCAGCGCACACAGUCUGCAAUGUUUAAUCAAGUUCUGAUUUUAAUAUCUACAUUGCUGUGUCUUAUCUUUACAUGUAUUUGUGGAAUACAACAUCUGGAACGAGCAGGAAACAAGCUGACUCUCUUUGACUCCCUCUAUUUCUGCAUAGUGACGUUUUCCACUGUAGGAUUUGGGGAUGUUACUCCCAAGAUCUGGCCUUCCAAAUUGCUGGUUGUAAUUAUGAUCUGUGUUGCCCUUGUAGUAUUACCAAUACAGUUUGAGCAGCUGGCUUAUUUGUGGAUGGAAAGACAAAAAUCAGGUGGAAAUUAUAGCCGACACAGAGCUCAGACAGAGAAACAUGUUGUUUUGUGUGUCAGUUCUCUUAAGAUUGACCUCCUUAUGGAUUUUCUAAAUGAAUUCUAUGCUCAUCCUAGACUCCAGGACUACUAUGUGGUUAUAUUGUGUCCCACUGAGAUGGAUGUUCAGGUUCGAAGAGUGCUUCAAAUUCCCAUGUGGUCCCAAAGGGUCAUCUACUUGCAAGGUUCAGCACUGAAGGAUCAAGAUCUCCUGAGAGCAAAAAUGGAUAAUGCGGAGGCCUGUUUUAUUUUAAGCAGCCGUUGUGAAGUGGACAGAACUGCAGCGGACCAUCAAACCAUUUUAAGAGCUUGGGCAGUUAAAGAUUUUGCUCCAAAUUGCCCAUUGUACGUUCAGAUACUGAAGCCUGAAAAUAAGUUUCAUAUUAAAUUUGCAGAUCAUGUUGUAUGUGAAGAGGAAUUCAAAUAUGCAAUGUUGGCUUUGAACUGUAUUUGCCCAGCUACAUCAACACUUAUCACUUUAUUGGUUCAUACUUCAAGAGGGCAAGAGGGCCAACAGUCACCAGAACAGUGGCAGAAAAUGUAUGGGAGAUGCUCAGGGAAUGAAGUAUAUCACAUUAACUUGGAGGAGAGUGUGUUUUUUGCUGAAUAUGAAGGAAAAAGUUUUACAUACGCAUCUUUCCAUGCACACAAAAAGUUUGGUGUUUGUUUAAUCGGUGUUAGGAGGGAAGAUAACAAAAAUAUUUUGCUGAACCCAGGUCCCCGGUAUAUUAUGAGCUCUUCAGACAUAUGUUUUUAUAUUAACAUCACAAAAGAAGAAAAUUCUGCUUUUAAGAAACAGAGCAGCAUCGGAAAAACCACCCAACAAGAUUGUUUUAAUCAUGGUCCUACUCGACUGCCAGUGCACAGCAUAAUUGCUAGUAUGGGUACCGUUGCUAUAGAUUUGCAAGAUACAGGCUGUAGAUCUCCAAAUGCAGCUACAUUAACUCUUCCUUCAGAAGCACCUAAAACGGGCAGAAGGCCAAGCAUUGCACCCGUUCUGGAGGUUGCAGACACUUCAGCGCUUCAUAGCUGUGAUCCCUUAAGUGAUCAGUCCGAAGACGAAGCCACACCCUCCGAUGAAGAAGUGUUGAAUGGCCUGGAGUAUUUAAAAGGCUAUCCCCCCUAUUCGCCUUACAUAGGAAGCUCUCCUACUUUCUGCCAUUUGCUCCGAAAGGUGCCAUUUUGCUGCCUGAGAUUAGAUAAGGGAUGCCAACAUAAUUACUAUGAGGAUGCCAAAGCUUAUGGAUUCAAAAACAGAAUCAUUAUAGUUGCUGCAGAAACGGCAGGAAAUGGACUCUACAACUUUAUUGUACCUCUCAGGGCUUACAGACCAAAGAAAGAACUCAACCCAAUUGUGUUGCUGCUGGAUAAUCCGUAA